AUAAAUAUGGUGUUAUUGGUGGUGUCUUUCUCUCAGGCCGAUGAACAAGUAUGCAGGCAAAUGGGGGAUCCUGAAAACCCCCAACUAUCUCAGGAUGGUAAUAUGGUAUUAGGGGGAAUCUUUUCAUUUUACAGCAGUUGGAAAGACAGAAUGGACACCUACUUGCAUAAACCACUGCCACUGCAAUGUACCAGUUUGAAUUUCAGAGGCUUCCAGUUUGCUCAGGCUAUGCUUUUUGCCAUUGAGGAGAUUAAUAAUAGUACAGACCUACUGCCAGGAGUCUCUCUAGGCUACAAAAUCUAUGAUGAAUGUGGCUCCAUUGCAAGAAGUGUAAGAGUUGCAUUGGCAUUGGCUACCGAUAAUACAGUUGUUGCUGCACUAUCCAAGACGCCAUGCACCAGACCUUCACAAGUGCAGGCCAUAAUUGGAGAGACAUCUUCUUCUCCUUGCAUGGCAAUAGCUACUGUCCUUGGACCAUUUUAUAUACCAAUGAUCAGCCACUUUGCCACAUGUGCUUGUCUCAGUGACAAAACCAAGUACCCAUCCUUCCUGAGAACAAUACCCAGUGACUACUACCAGAGCAGAGCCCUGGCCCAUUUGGUCAAGCAUUUUGGAUGGAGUUGGGUUGGAGCUAUUAGAAAUAAUGAUGAUUAUGGAAAUAAUGGCAUGGCUAUAUUCACAGAAACUGCACAGCAGCUGGGCAUCUGUCUGGAGUAUUCUGUAUCUUUUUUUAGGACAGAUCCAUCAGACAAAAUACAAGAGAUAAUUGACAUUGUCAAAACUUCAACUUCCAAGGUGAUUGUUGCCUUUAUGUCACACAUGGAUAUGGAUGUGCUAAUACAUGUGUUAUCCCAGCAUAAUUUGACUGAAUAUCAGUGGAUAGGUAGUGAGGGCUGGAUAGUUGAUUCUCAAAUAGCUGCAAUGGAUAUACAUCACAUACUGGAUGGUGCCAUAGGCCUUUCUAUUCCAAAAGCACAUGUCAAUGGCCUGAGAGAGUUCAUGCUGGAUGUGAAGUCACUCAAUUCAUCUAAUAAUGGACUGUUUACCGAGUUCUGGGAGGCAUUAUUUAACUGUAAAUUUAGGCAGUCAGCGUCAUCAGCAGACAUUCAGAGAGAGUGUACUGGAGAUGAAGACCUGACAGGAGUUCAAAACAGCUACACUGAUAUGUCUCUCAUGCCUAUCUUUAACAAUGUCUAUAAAGGAGUGUAUGCAGUGGCCCAUGCACUUCACAAUAUCCUCAAAUGUAAUAAAACAUGUAACAAAGCUGUUCCCCUAGAUCCAUUCACGAUUUUACAGCACAUAAAAAACAUUUACUUCAAAACAAAAGAAGGAGAUGAGGUUUACUUUGAUGAGAAUGGAGAUCCAGCAGCAAAAUAUGAUAUUAUAAACUGGCAGCCAAGAGAAAACGGCGCUGUGGAGUUUGUAACAGUUGGUCUUUAUGAUGCAUCUUUAGCUGCAGAAAAACAGCUGCAUCUGCAAAACAAGUCUUUAAUUUGGGCAAGGAACUCAAAGCAGGUGCCUGUGUCAAUUUGCAGUGAGAAAUGUCCUCCAGGAACACGUAAGGUUCUCCAGAAAGGAAGGCCUGUUUGCUGCUAUGACUGUAUACGAUGUGCAGAAGGAGAGAUCAGCAACAUUACAGAUUCAGUCACCUGUGUGAGAUGUCUCCCUGAAUAUUGGUCAAAUGAGAGAAGAGAUGCCUGUAUAAAGAAGGAAGCAGUGUUUCUAUCAUAUGAAGAAAUUAUGGGAGCACUGCUCACUGCAGCAUCUGUAUUUGGGACAUGCACAACUGCUGGUGUGGCGCUAAUUUUCUUCAAACACAGAAAAACUCCUAUUGUGAGAGCAAACAACUCUGAGCUGAGCUUCCUGCUGCUCUUCUCCUUAAUUCUGUGCUUCCUGUGUUCUCUGACCUUCAUUGGUCAGCCCUCUGAAUGGUCCUGUAUGCUCCGACAUGUAGCAUUUGGCAUUACCUUUGUCCUCUGUAUCUCUUGUGUUUUGGGAAAAACAAUACUUGUUUUAAUGGCUUUCAGAGCUACACGUCCAGAUAGCAAUAUGAAAUUGUUUGGACACACACAACAACGGCUCUGUGUUUUGGGAUUCACUCUGAUACAAGUUAUCAUAUGUAUAAUUUGGUUAACAAUUUCUCCUCCAUUUCCAUUUAAGAAUUUUAAGGAAUUCAAAGAUAAAAUCAUCUUAGAGUGUGCUCUGGGAUCAGCUGUAGGGUAUUGGGCUGUGCUUGGAUAUAUAGGAAUCUUGGCCAUUUUAUGUUUCAUUUUUGCUUUUCUGGCUCGGAAGCUGCCUGAUAAUUUCAACGAAGCCAAGUUUAUUACUUUCAGCAUGCUGAUUUUCUGUGCAGUAUGGAUUACAUUUAUCCCAGCAUAUGUCAGCUCCCCAGGGAAGUUCAGUGUUGCUGUAGAAAUAUUUGCUAUACUUGCAUCUAGUUUUGGACUGCUAAUUUGCAUCUUUAUACCCAAAUGUUAUAUCAUCUUAAUGAAACCAGAGAAGAAUACCAAGAAGAACAUGAUGGGAAAGAAGGCAUCCCAUUAAUUUGAAAAAUGAAAACAAAAUUUUGUUUUGUUUUGGUAAUACUAUAUAAACAGUACAAUUGCGCUGCAGUUGCCUUGGAGGAUAUUGCAAAAUAAUGAGUCAUAUGAUCAAUUUUCUGGCCUUUGAUAUUUACAUGUGCAUCAGUCACAAUGGCCAUGUGUACUGAUUUCAGCAAACUGGGAAAUAAUUACUGGGCUUGAUUGCUCAGCAUGUAUCAUCAAAGGACUGCCUAAACCAGUUACUUGAGUAUGAACACACAGCACAUAAGAAGAGAGCCUGUAGGAAACAGCUGAUAUUCAGGGUCAGAUGCAGACAGAGUGGGAUUAAACCCA